AGAACACUAGAUGAUUCUCUUUUAGUAACUUCAUUGAUUUGAUUAGCUUUUUUCCAUGCUUUAAUAACUUUAAUGUUUUUAUUGUAUUAUUAGUUUUUCUUUACUAUGUAACUUAUCUUUUAUGUCUUAUUUUGCUUAUAUAUUUAGCACUUGAAGAUCCACAUGAAAGAUUGACAGUUCAAUCACUUCAGUGUUGUUUUGAGGUAGUUUUCAGUGAACUAACUUGCAAUGUGUGAUGUUAACUCUCUCAAUACAAGGUGGGAGGCUGUUUCCUUACAAUACUCAGCUACCAGAGUUUUCCUGGAUCCCUGACUUACUUUCUAAGAUCCAGAGAAGGACUUCCCAGUGACUAAUCUCUGUCUCCUGUUUUUGUCUUUUGUCUUAUUCCUUAAAUAACAUGGUUCCUGCUGUUCUGUACUUGCCCUUCUGAUUGACUCUGCCUUUACAUCACAAUGCCUGCUCAGUUUGAACUUACUAUGACACUUGAGAAAGAGGACAGAUAAAGAUCAGCACCCUUUAGUCUGCCUUGUUUUUUCUCUCUGGCUUGGAUUCAAUUCUUAGAUCUUCUGUUCAGCUCUGUUGAUUUAACUGUAUUCAAGAAGUUUUGUUUCAUUUCUUUUUUCCUUUGCAGCCUCUACUAGGAGUCUUCUCACAUACUCGUGAACAAAACCUGUUCUUUUCUAUCUGGAGCAUGAACAAUUUUAGGAGAGAUGUAUUUGGAAAAAACAAGAAAAAGAUGACCUUUCUAGCCAGAGCAACAACUGACCAAAAGGAUGACAUUAUGUUAACGACAGAUCACCUUCACAUCCAGAUGUUUUCAUAGAUUUAACAUACUCAGAGCACUGUGGACAGCUCAUACAUUAGCACAUUACUUGGCACAUAAGUACAAAAUAAAUGGUAUCUAUAAUAUCCAUUUGGGCUUUCUUUAUAUCCUAGCUGGAAAGCUAAGACAGGAAAUUCUAGCUAACUGUUUAAUAAAGCCAAUAUAUCUGAGCAGAAAAGUCAGUAAGUUCAGAGAGGACUGAGAUCACUACGGUACAGAGUAGACAGACAAGACUUCUCCAAUAAUUGAGCCAAGCCAAGCGUUGCAAGGAUUUUUACUACUAACUCUGCCUCCACUGUUUCCUGUUUCUUACCAUAAGUGGGUCCUUUCAGUUGGUUUUGCCUACUAAAAAUAAGCAAUAUUUUAAAGAGCUCAAUAACACAAAUCCUGACACUUUGUGCCUUUCUACUUAAAACAAUUCAUAAAGAAAACCACUCUUAAUUCCAAAGAUCCUAUUAAUAGAUAUCUCUCUUCUUUGGGUGAAUAUAGCUGUCCUGUUCUUGUGACAGAAUCUCUUGUCUUCCAUUUAACUUAUAAAUACAUGGGAGCCUGGGACCAUGUGUUUCUUAUUCUUAAUCUGUAAUUCCCUGUGGAUAAGACUGGCCUGAUUCUUACAUUAUAAUCUAAUCACUUUCUAAGAAGUCCCCAUAUUUGUUGAAGGUGAUGGAUUAGCCUUUCAUUCGCCCCAGCCCAAACAGUGCUUGUUGUCUUAAGCAUUCCCAUCAGCUGCUUUCCUCUGACUUCAAUUUCUGUUCCAACCAAAUAUGCUCCUGCUUGUUUUCCCUAAUCACCCUACUGUGAGAGCAUAUUAAAUAAUACUUUUAAGAAGAUGCAAGACUUAUCUUAAGAAUAUAAACUUUUCUUAGUGGUUUCUAUGCAUUAACCAGGAGAUGCAAACAUCGGCCAAUCAGAUCUAACCAAGUACAGAGAAAGUCUUCACUAAGAGCACCCAAGUUAAUUUCAAACCCCAUCAAAUUAAUAUAGCUUUACUUUUCAGUUUUGUCAAUGUUUUGAGUCAUUAUGUUUUAACACAUUAAUAUAACAAGCCUUAGUUCAAAUUCAUGUAGAUUUACUUUUUUCCAAUUCACUGAAAACAUUUUUAUUCAACUCUUGUUUCUAAACAACUAAUGUAUUUUUUCUUUGUGGUUCUCUUGUGCAGAUGGGCUGUUUUUAAUGUUAUUAAUAUGUAAUUGCUCUCUUUCAUAUGUCUUCAUGAUCUACUUUUCAUUCUGUUUGGCAGACACUGGUUGUUUUGUGAUUUUGAGAAAAAAAAUCGCUUGUAGGUAUAACAUAGAAAGAGUAAAUACCAGCAAAAUUAUUUUAAACGGAAUUCUGUGUAUUCCAAACUGUUUUUCAUAGACUAUUAUCUUAAAACCUAAUUCAAGGUGAACAUGGAAUUCUUUUCACCAUUAAUGCUGCAAAGAUUCAUUUUUAAAUCUUAAAUGACUAUUUCUUGGUUUCCCAUUAUAUGCCAGAUAUGGUUCCAGGUGCUGAGGAUCUAAUGGUGAACAGACAGACAAGGAUUCUGCCUUUAACCAGCAUACAUUCUAGCAGAGGUUGUAAGUACAAAUAAUACCACAAAUGAAUCAGAUACAUAGUCUGUGGAGAUGGCAGUUGAUUCCCUGAUUCUUCUUCUCCCACUGCCAUUGUUUCAAGACCUAUCUACAACUAUUGAGUUUGAUUUAAUGUUAGUCUACUACCCUCUUCUAGGAAGAAGUACAUAAAGGCCUUAUUCUGAUAUGAGAGAGAAAAGAUGGAGAGGCACCUGGGAAGGUCAAGGUUCUCAUUUUAGACUAGAAAUAAAUGGACAUUAUUUUAAGAAUUAUAAAGUAUUAUCAUACUUUAAGCAAACAUUGAGCACUAUAUCAGUUAUGUUCCAGGCUUUAUAACCCCUACAUACCCUAGUUAGAGAGAUAGAGACAUAAAAUAAAUAACUACUGAUAUUUACUGAUAGUAACAUUAUUACUGGUAAUAUUACAAUAAAAAAUGUAUUAAGUACAAUGGGAGUACCACAAAGGCAGUAACAAACUCUUGUCUGCCUGAGGUAAGGCUCACCAUCAGAUGACACCUAAACUGAGUCUUAAGGGUGAUGGGAAGCACAGCAUACUUCAUUUUUUCCACAAAUACUUACAGAGCACUUUUUAAUGUGCCUGAUACUAUGGUAAACACUGUAGACACAGCAGUGAACCAGAUAGAGUCCCUCUUGGCAGUACAGAAACACAAUAAAUGAAUAGACAUAAAUAUAUAUAUAUAUAAGUCUUUUCAGAAAAGGAACAGAGAGUAGCAGGGAUGCAAAUUUUUUAAAUUCAGGGACAUCAUCUCUAAUUAGAUAAUAUUUGAGUAGAAUGCUGAAUGAUAUGAAAGAAUAAGACCAAGAAGUAGGGGAAACUAUUUCAGACAGAAGGAACAGCGUGAACAAAGGACAUAAUGAGCAUAAAAGGGUAGCAUUUAUAUGCAAUAUGAGAUAAUCUUUGCUGAAAUGUGGAGUAUCAAGGGACCAAAGGGUGUAGAGCCACAUGUAUCAUGUUCAAGAAUGUAAAUGCCCACUUUGUCAACUGGGAAAAGAGGGACUAGAUUUUGAAGAUAGUUUAAGAAGAAAAUAACACAUACUUUUGCUUGAUAUGGAUAGGUUUUGAUAGGUAUGAUUUGGUAUUUGGAAAAUUAUCCCUAGCAAUAGUAUGCAGGAUGAAUCUAAAUAAGAAGCACAAGAAGCCAGUUAUAAGAUUAUUGUGAUUUUACAGAUGAGAAAUUAUGUGGCUUGAAUUAAGUUAGUAAAUGAGGCUCACGUGGAGAUGGUAGAGUUUAAUUGCUUUAGGAGAACUAGUUUAUAAGAUUUGGUGUUCAGUGGAAUAUGGGAAAGGUCAAGAACAACUCCAGGGCUUAAGUGUGGGUGGCUGAGUGGGUGGUAAUGCCAUUAACCAGCUCAUAAGUCCCUGGAAGUUGGGUGGCAGAUUUAGAAGCUCAGAAAAAUGAAUCUUAUUUGGGGCAGUGGAAAUACAGGACUGGAUAUUAGAAGAGUAUCAGGUAUGGAAUACAUAUUUGGCUGUUACUGGCAUCUCAUAUAAAUUUUAAAAGGAGAAGCAACAAAAAGAAGUAUCUGUCAGAAACUACAGAGAAAAUGAGUAGGAUGAGAAUUUUUUAAAUGCCAUUGGAUUUGACAGUUGGAAGUGUAUCAGUGACUUCAAGAAGAUCUGGUUCAGUGGAUGUGCAUGGAGACAAGGCCAUAUCAUGAUUGGGUUAAAGAAUGAAGGAGUAAGAGGCUGAGAUCAUCCCACCAAAGUCACUGUCCUUUUCUUCCUUGAAAGUGUUAAACCUUAGGUCAGAUAUUUUCUUUCUCCUCCCUCCUUAGAUUUCUUAGGACUGGAUGCUGUAGUUAGGGCAUAAUGGAGGUACAAAUUAAGAUCCUUUGGUCUUUAGUGGGAGAGUGGUCACAGAUAGAGGAACCUGAAGUUGUUAAGUUAGAUACUGCAGGGAAUAUCCUUAUGGGGGAACAGCAAGUACAGUCCAGAGACCUGUAUCCAGAAGAAGAAAAAAACACAGGUAGGUCUCUGUUUUAUGAGGACUUGCAGGGCUAGUGGGAGAAACAUGGAAUUAGUUAAGAAACUCCACCCUAAUGAGAGAGUGGAAUCUGGUCGAGUAUGGGGGUGGGGUAGAAUCUGAGGCAGUAAACUGAUGUUAUCUAGAAAUUCAAGUACAUGUGUCUAGAUUUUGUAGGGCACUGGGACUGAGGAUGUUCAAAGAAGGGACUGUUGGCAGUACUUUUGGCAAUAAAGAUAGUAGAGACGGAAUAGUUAAUGGAUCACAAGGUCGCCCUUAGACCUGUCAUGUGGAUGUUUAAUUAAUAUUUGUGAAGCCAAAGGGCAGUUCAGAGGAUGUGGGAGGAAGGGAUUAGAUAUCAGAGUUUCUGAAGAGCUAUAAGUAAAUACCUGAGUUGCAUUCAGGGAUAGAUGGAGGCUCCGACUAAAGAUCCCCAAACCACUUGGAGGGCCAGAACUCUAGGUUGUACCUUGGUAGGAGUUGAGAAUAAUGCUCAGAUAGAGGGACUCACUCCCUUAACCUCAAAGACCUGAGGAGUUACCAUUGAAUGGAUUUGCGAGAUAUCCCACUUCUGCACUCAAAAAAAACACACCCUUAGCCCUCUUGCUUGCCACUCUGUCUCCUGCCCCCCCCGGGGGGCGGGGCUCGAGGGCAAGGCUGGUAGCUGUUUCAGUCCUCGAGAGCCAUCAGUUCCUACCAGACUCUUGCUGGGGGAGCCGGCCUACCCCAUGGCAGGACACAGGACCUCAAACUUGAACCCCCUUCAAUCCAGUGGCGGGGGUGGCUCCGGAGGGCCAGUGUCCAUGAGGGUUGACACUCCAACCUUAUUGAGUGCCCAGGUGGCUCCUGGCAGGAUGAUGGUCCAGCCAGGAGUUGGGCCAGGCAUUUUCCCAGGCCCUGACAUGUGGGGGGUGCCCCUGGGUCCCCUGCCUUAUGAAUUCCGGGGCAGGAUGACCUCCUGUGGAGCUGGCGAAAUAGGAGUCUGGUGCCAGAGGCCCCCCGAGGGCACUUGUUCUGGACCUUACAUUGCUCUGCGGAGCCUCCCGAAAUUGGCACUGCCCGAAGAUGUCUUAGCUAUUAAAAAGGAGAUGGAGCAGCUGGCUAAAGAGCUGAAGCUGAAGAGGAUGACCCUAGGGUAUUCGCAGGCGGAUGUGGGGUUCGCCGUGGGAGCUAUGUUUGGAAAGGUGCUUAGCCAGACAACCAUAUGCCGCUUCGAGGCCCAGCAGCUCAGCCUCGCCAACAUGUGGAAGCUGCAGCCGCUGCUGAAAAUGUGGCUAGAGGAAGUGGAUGCCAAGAACCUUCUGGGCUUAUGCAAAAUGGAGAUGAUUCUGCAGCAAGCUCGGAAACGGAGACGGGCAAGCAGGGAGAGACGAAUCAGAAACAACCUGGAGAAACUCUUCCUGCAGUGCCCAAAGCCUACACCCCAGCAAAUCAGCCGCAUCGCUGGGCACCUCCGACUGCAGAAGGACUUGGUCCAAAUUUGGUUCUAUAACCGGAACCAGAUGGGCAGUCGGCCAAUCAACGACGCCUUCCCACUGGAGAAUGUGGGAAUGGCCAGGCCUCCUUUCCCACCAGCGUGCUUUCCCCUGGCACCAGGGCUCCAUUUUGAUUUCCCCCACUAUGGGGGGUCCUACCUUACACCCAUGUACUCCUCUACCCGUUUUCCUGGGGGAGGAGCCCUGCUCUGUGCCCCGGCCACCACUCUGGGCCUCCCCAGGCUUUCAAGCUGAGGGGCCUGUCCCAUUGGGGAAGAUAAGAGAGGGAGGGAAAGGGAAAGCUGGGGAAGUCCCUGGGAUUCAUUUCAGGGCCGUUAGCCUUUUGUUAAGAAUAUGUACCAGGAAAUGAGGGUGGGAAUUGUUUAGGAAAAAAUUGGGAGGGAAGUUGAAGUUUACAACUGCUUUGUUUUUCCCUAAUAUUGAUUUGAAGACAUAUUACAAUAUAUAGUUAGUUUCUAUAUUUUGUUUCUUUUUUUUUUCUUUAAUUCAUCGAAGAUUGUGUCUGUUUCUUGUGGUUAUCAGGAAGCAGUGGAUUUGAUUUUUUUUUUCUCAUAAACACAAUACUGAGUCAAAUCAAGUCAGGAAGACUACUUCAAUAUACCAUUUUUUUAAAUUAAAAACCAUCAGCACUUUGCAUAAACAUAAAAUCCAGGAUAAUAGUAUCCCCUGCAGAAAGGCUUGAGAAUAGCAUAGGAAAGGUGUACACACAACCCACCCAGAGCCCUUGCUGAAACACAUGAGUUUACUUGGAAGCUAUCUUUUUUUCUAAUUCACGUUUUUAUUUGCAGUGCCCCAGCUUUGUGUGGAGGGUCUCAGUUGAACUGUCCACUUUAUGCCGUCCCAUGAGUUUAUCUCCUGUCCUGACGCUGAAGUCACUCUAUUCUAAACCCCUUUAUUACUGAGAUUGACAGGCUGAACAACUGUAGCUUCAGCCCCACCUCCAGCAUACUUCUCUGGGUUUCAGCUCCAUUUGGUUUGUCCCCUGAAAAUUUUCUGUACUUUCUUCUAAAUUCAGAAAUACUUGUGAGAGUAUGUUUGUGAUACUUGAUAUAACUCCUGUUUGCUUUUGCUAUUGUACAUCUUAAAUCUCUUCUCCAACAUUUUCACUGAUAUUGGUUCUUUUCUACUUUUCCACAUUCAUUUUGGUCAGUUUUGAUUAUCAUAUACUCAGUGUAAAUCAUAAUCCCUAUUUAGGGCUGGGAAUGUAAUUCAGUGGUAGAGUUCAUGCUUAGCAUGCACAACACCCUGGGUUCAAUCCCUAGCACCAAAAAGCAAAAACCAAAAUCUUCUUUCAGAUCUACUGCCACACGUAUGCAAGUAUUAUCUGUCUUAUAAUUCUAUUCCUAUAUAUUAUAUCUGCGGUUAUGAAUUCUUUUUUACUUAUUAAUCUUAUCAGUUUUUGCCUUUUCUUUUUCCUUAGUAAGUCUUGCAAGGAAUUUGUCUAGACAUAUAUUUAUCAUAAUUUUUAAUGCAUUGUACAAAUUAAUGAGUUUCACUAUGGCAUUUCCAUACAUAUAUGUAUCAUGUUUUGAUCAUGUCCACCCUCCUUUCUCCCCUUUGUCUCCCCCUCCCCUGAAUCUCCUUCCCCUUCCGUAGUAGUCUCUCUUCUACUUCUAGAUUAUCUUUUUUUUUCCAUACAUAAGAGAAAAUUUGCAAUAUGUACCUUUCUGGGUCUUUGGUAAAUAUGCUGUCUUUUCUCCUGUGUAUGUUUUUAGUACCUUCAUUGAGAGUCGGUUGGCUGAAAAUGUAUAGGUUUAUUUCUGGGUCCUCUAUUCUAUCUCACUGAUCUGUUUUUAUGCCAAUACCAUGCCUUUUUUGUUACAAUGGCUGUGCUGUAUAAUUUGAAAUCAAGUAUUGGAUUGCCUCCAAAAUUGCUCUUUUUGCUGAAGGUUGGUUGCUUUGGCUAUUCAGGGUCUUUGUGCUUCAAUAUGAAUUUUUAAAUUAUUGUUUCUACAUUCGGUAGAGAAUGUCAUUGGUACUUUCAUGGGGAUUGCAUUGAAUCUAUACAUCACUUUCAGUAGUGUGACAAUUUUAACUUUAAUCUUCCCAUUCCAUGAAUAUGGUCUUUCCACCUGCUAGCAUCUUCUUUAAUUACUUUCUUCAGUAUUUUAAGAUUUUUAUGAUAGAGGUCUUUCAUCUUCUUGGUUAGGGUUAUUUCUAGCUUUUUGUUUAUUCCUAGUCUUUGUUAGGGUGUGUGUGUGUGUGUGUGUGUGUGUGUGUGUUGUAAUGGUAUUGUUUUCCUGAUUUCUUUCUCAGUGAGUUCAUUACUGGUAUUUUCAAAAGCUACUAAUUUUUGUAUGUUGACUUUGUGUCCUGCUACUUUGCUGAAUUUAUCUGUUCUAAGUCUUUUGGUGAAGUCUUUAGGGUUUUCUAAAUAUAGAAUCACUCUGUCAGAAAAAAAAGAAAAAAAAGUAUUUGACUUCACAUUUCCUGUUUGCAUAACUAUGAUUUCUUUCAUUUAUUUAAUUUUUAAUUGCUCUGUCUAAAAUUUCAAUUACUAUAUUGAGUAAGAGUGGUAAGAGUGGACACUCUUGUGGUGGUCCUGAUUUUAGAGAAAAUGUUUUCAGUUUUAUCUCAUUCAGUAUAAUGUUGGCUAUGGGAUACUCAUUAUUGUACUGGAGCCUAUCUCUCCCUUCACAUCCUAUGGUGUUUGUUUUAUAAAAUUGGGUGCUCCAUGUUCAGUACAUGAAUAUUUACAAUCAUUAUAUAUCUUCUUAAAGAAUUGUUCCCUUUAUCAGUACAUAUCAUCCUUCUAUACCUAAUUUAUUCAGGGAUUUUAUCAUGAAGGGAUAUUAGAUUUUAUCAAAGGCUUUUUCUGCAUCUGUUGAGAUGAUUUUGUGAUUUGUAUCUUUGAUUCUAUUUGUGUGCUAUAUUAUAUUUAUUGAUUUGUGAAUGUUGAAUCAAUUUUGCAUUCCUGGAAUUAAACCACUUGAUCAUUAGUGUGUACUCAUUUUAGUAUGCUCUUGAAUUCAAUUUUCAAGUGUUUAUUGGGGAUUUUUUUUAUCCAUGUUCACCAAGGAUAUUGACCUAUAGGUUUUUUUUUUUUUUUUUUUUGGUUUUGUUUUGUUUUGUUGUUGUUGUUGUGUCCUUAUCAAUUUUGGACAGCAGGAUAAUAAUGUCUUCACAAAUUGAGUUUGGAAGUGUUCCAUCCCUUUCUGUGUUAUGGAAUAGUUUGAAGUGCAUUUGAAAGUCCAGUAAAAUUCAGCAGUGAAUCUGUCCAGUUCUUUGCUGGGAGACUUUGUAUUACUGCUUCAGUGUCAUUCAUAGUUAUUGAUCUGCUUAGUUUAUAUCCUCUUGGUUCAGUUUUGAUGGGUCAUAUAUGUCCAGAAACUUGUCCAUUUCUUUUAGAUCUUAUAGUUUAUGGGCAUAUAGUUUUUUAAAUUAUUCCCUAAUAGUCCUAUUGAUUUUGAUGGUAUCUAUUGUAAUAUACUCUUUUUCAUCUCUAGUGGUACUUUUUGAGUUUUCUUUCUCUUUAGCUAAGGAUUUGUCAAUUUUAUCUUUUAAAAGAAGGAACUCUUUGUUUUAAUGAUACUUUGUAUCAUCCUUUUAGUGUCUAUUUCAUUUAUGUCUGUCCUGAUCUUUGUUAUUUCUUUCCUUCUAUUUAUUUUGAAUUUAGUUUGUCCUUGGUUUUCUAAGACUUUGAAAUGCAUCAUUAAGUCAUUUAUUUGAGCUCUCUCACUCUCUCUCCCUCUCUCAUAAGUAUAAACUGUCCCCUUAGUUCUACAUUUGCUGUCACACAAGCUUUGUGUUUUGUGUUUCCAUUUUCAUUUCAUUCUAGGAAAUUUUUAGUCUCCCCACCCUGAUUUCUUCAAAAACCCGCUAUUUGUUUAGAAGUGUAUUGUUCAAUCUCCAUGCAUUGGUAUGAUUUUUAUAGUUUCUCUUGCUGUUGAUCUCAUUUCACUAUGAUGUGAUAAGAUGCAAAAAAUUAUUUCAACAUUUUUAAAUUUGCUAAGACUGCUUUAUGGCCUAAUAUAUGAUCUAUUUUGGAAAAAGUUCCAUGUGCUUAUGUAAAAAGUGUGUUCUGCCACUCUUGAAUGGGAUGUUCAGUAGGUAUCUAUAAAGUUCAUUUGAUCCUAGUGUAAUUUAUCUCUGUUGUUUCUUUGUUGAUUUCUUUCACCUGGAUAAUCUAUCUGUUGGUAAGCGUUGAGUAAUGAAGUUACUCAUUAUUAUAUUGGGGCCUAUCUCUCCCUUCACAUCUUAUGGUGUUUGUUUUAUAAAAUUGGAUACUCCAUGUUCAGUACAUGAAUAUUCACAAUCAUUAUAUCCUCUUAAAGAAUUGUUCCCUUUGUCAGUAUAUAGUGAUUUUAUCUUUUCUAACUGAUUGGACUGAAAGUCUUUUUUAUCAGACAUUAGUAUAGCUACUCUGCUUUCUUUCAGCUUCCAUUUGCUUAGAAUAUCAUUUUUUACUCUUAAAUUUUGGGCCUUUGUCUUUUCUGGUGAGGCAAAUUUUUUGCAGGCAGCAUAUUGUUGGGUCUUAUUUUUAAUCCACCCAGCCUGUCUACAUCUUUAAUUGGAGAAUUAACAUCAUUUACAUUUUAUUAUUGAAAUGUACUUGUUUCUCUCAUUUUGUUGUUUUUCUUCCUGUUGUUUUGAAUAUUUUGUUUGUUAUUUCCUCUCCAAUUUAUUUUAGAGCUUGAUAGUUUUCUGUAUUAGUGAUGUUUCUUUCCAGAUUCUCAUGUGCUUCUCUACACUUCUGGUAAGAUUUAUUUUUCCCAUGCUUCAUGAUUGUUUGUCAUUUUUCUUCUUCUGGCUAGAGAAUUUUCAUUAGUUUACUAGUCAUGAAUUCCCUUAGUUUGUUCUUAUUAUGUAAGGCCUUUAUUUCUACUUCAAUUCUGAAGAAUAACUUUGAUGGAUAAAGUAAUCUAAGUUGGCAGUUAUUUUCUUUCAAACUUUGAAAUGCAUCAUUUCGUGCUUUCCUGGCCUAAUUUAGAAUUUCUAACCUGCUGUUACUCUGAUAGAUUUGCCUUUAUAUGUGGCUUGGUGCUUCUUUCUUGAAGCUUUUAAUAUGCUUUCUUUGUUGUGUGCUUUUUGCAGUUUAACUAUAAUGCAAAAUGAAGGCAUUCUUUUCUAGUUAUGUCUAUUUGGGGUUCUAAAUACUUCUUGUACCUGGUUGUCCAUGUGGUUGCCAAGAUUUGGGAAAUUUUAUGCUGUCAUUCUACAGAAUGGGUUUUAUAUGUCUUCAGUCUAUAGGUCUCUUAUCUAUUUGAAUUAUGCAUAUGUCUGUUCUUUAAAUAGUGUACCAGAGAUCCUAUAUAUUCUGUUUGUUCUUUCUUUUCUUUUCUUUAUUACUGUCUGAAUGUGAUAAUUUCCCAACCUUAUCUUCAAGUCCUGAUGUUUGUUUUUUUUUUUUUUUCAUUCUACACAUUCUGUCUAUUGGUGAGGCUUUCAAUUGAGUUUUUAAAAUGACUUUUUGAGCUUUUCAUUUUCUUGAUUUCCAUUUGGUUCUUUUUAAAAAUCUCUAUCUCUGCAUUGAAUUUCUCAUCCAUAUCCUUCAUCUUUUCCAUAAUCAUCUGUUAAUUUGUAUCCUCUUGGAUUUCACUGAGCUUUUAAAAAAAUCAUUCUUUAGAAUUCUUCAUCCAGUAUUUUAUACAUUUCAGUAUCUUUGGAAUCAGUCAGUAUAGAUGUAUCUAUUUAUUUUAGGUUGUCAUAUUGUCUUGUUUUUAAUUUUUCUUGUGUUUCCGUAUUGAUAUUUGUAUAUUUAAAUGUAAGGACCUUCUUAAUAAGCAACCUUUUCUUGAUAUCGGUUUCUUGUGUAAUGAUAAGUUUAUUUACAUUUGGACUUUAUAGUAUAGUUUCCCUGUGGCUUCUUUGGCUGUGGUUAGAGGGUUUUGACAUGAUGUAUACUGUGUCAGAGCCUGGGGGACCUUCUUUCUGUAUAAGAGUGGCAAGAAUAUGGUCCUUCUGGUAGUUCAGGCAGGCAUGAUGUAAACAGUAGAAUAUGUGAGGUGCGCCCUCUGUGGUUAUUCCUCCAAUCUUGUCAGCAAUGUGUGGGCUGAUAGGAUAUAGGAACAAUCUAUGCUGAACUCCCUCAUAGAUUCAUUGUCCACACCAUUGUGUUAUUCCUCUCUACUCUUGCUAUGGUAGUGAAUUUCGAGGAGCAUGACUUCAUACCACUCCUUGCUGUACUUACUUAGAACAAAAUCUAUGAUUAGGGCCUCUUAACUCCCUAUUUUUUUUAAGUAAGUUGAAUAUCUAUCAAGGUUCAAGUGGGGUUCUUUGUGACUAUUGUAAGAUUGUAAGUGUAGUUUUUCUGACUUGGGCUGGAAGUUUAGCUCAGCAGCAGCACCCCCAUCCAAACUACUCAAAUGGUGGCUGUGCUUGAUCCCCAGGAUCACAUAGAAAGAAGGAAACAACUAGCAGAUAAUAAAAUAAAGAAGAUAAUAAAGUAUAAAGAAAUGAAGCCACACCACCAUUAACAACAGAAAACAAACAGGCAAAAAGUACAUGGAAUGAACAAAAAGGUAAAAAAGAAUUAAUUUAAAAAAAUAGAAGUUAAAACAGAGGAGAAAUAGAACUAAAUGGAAAAUAGGAACUUUUUAAACAUUAAAAAAGCAAUAAAGAGGGCUGGGGUUGUGGCUCAGCAGUAGAGCACUUGCCUAGCAUGUGCGAGACCAUGAGUUCUAUCCUCAGCACCACAUAAAAAUAAAUAAAAUAAAGGUAUUGCAUCCAAAAAUAAAUCAAUAAAUAAAGAGGGAAAACAGUAAAAGAUAAAAAUGUAGGGGAAAGGGAAAGGAAAAAAAAUUAGGUAUUAAGAGAAAAAGAAAACACAGGUAUAUAAACAUAUACAAAUACAAAGAACAGCAAUAAUAAUAUCUUAAUAAAAGUUUUCUCUCCACCAAGGUACUUUAUUAUACAGGCAAGAGUGGAUGAUCAUAAUCCAUACCAAUCAGAAUUUCUCUCCAUGCCUUCUUAGGCUGUGUCCCCUUUGGAGAGAGCAAAGGGUGGGAGUUAUUCACCCUCUUCUUUCCUUUGUUGUGCUUAUAUGGCAAUCAGCAGUAGUUAUGGCCAGAACCAUUGGAAUACUUCUCAACUCCCCUGAACACCAAAAUGAGCUAAAGCAGAACUCCGAGCUCUGCAGGGAAAGAUUCACUCUGCAAUUAUUUGAGCUGCACACUCUAGGAGUAGGGAAGACACCAACUUUGUAGUAUGUCACUAAGUUAGCGUGGUGUGCACCCAGGCCUUUUUUUGCAGGGCUGACACUGGGUACUGCAGUAUGCCUAGGACUCUGGCAUCUUCUGUGCUACAUUCUCUUCCUUGUAAGGAGAUAUCCUGUUUCUAUUUCAUAGGAUUAUAAUAACAAUGCCAUUACUUUCUUCCUCAGUGCUGCCAUCAUCAUUGCACCCACAACCAGGGGAUCUAGGCCCUGUGAUGGUAUAAUCCUCGUUCUUACAAUAUCCUUGUAAGAUUAGGUGACCUACCACUAGGCAAUGGAACCAAGUUUUAAAUCACAUCUCCCAUACUCCACAGCAUGGAACAGCCCCAGUUACACCUCAGCUUUGCAAUGCUUUAAAAACAAAAAUUCAGGUAAGCAUGAAGUCCUUGCAUUCUUCUGACUUUUUUAAAAUUGCCUAAUGAUAAAGAACAAAUUGUCACAAGUCAUAUUUUCAAAACACAAAAUAUUCAUUGUUUCGGGUAGACAAUGGAUAGGUAUAGAUAUUACAUGAAUCUAUAAGAUUAGAUUGAGUCCUUAAUCACAUUGGAAAUUUUAUGGCCACAAGACAGGUGCAAAUGAACAGUGUUUACCAUAGUCUAGUGUCCCUCAUGACACUGUCUAAAAUAGAGCCCCACACAUAUGGAGAAGAUUCAUUUCGAUACUGCAGCUUCUUUAUCCUUGAGACUUAUAUAACUGCUCAAGGAAAACUUAAUUCCUGCUCUUAAUAUUUCUUAUUUUUGUUGUUGGGGAUGAGGAUAACUGAGGAUUGAACCUGAGAGUUUUGGGAUUUUUUUUGUUUUAUCCCAAGACAGAGUCUCAAUACAAUGCUUAGGGCCUUGCUAAGUUUUGGGCUGAUGCUGGCCCCAAAUUUGCCAUCCUUCUGACUCAGCCUCCCAAGUCACUGGGAUUAUAAGCAUGCACCAUAACACCUGGCUCUGCUCUUUAUAUUUCUGUUUAAGAAAAUGUUUAAGCUAAGUGUUGUGGCAUAUGCCUGUGGUCCUGGCUACUUGGGAGGCUGUCAUAAGAGGAUCACCUGAAUUUAAGAAAUUCAAAAAUAGCCCCAGCAACAUAGCAAGGCCCUGUCUCAAAAACAAAAGCAAAAUAAACAAAAAAUAAAUAAAGAGAAUUAAAAGGAAAAAAUCUGUUAGAGAAAAACCAAAAUGUUUAGUAACAUAAGUUCUUCUGACUCCUUAACUAAAUACAAUGAGAUGGAGUCCACAAGUUCAUGUCGGGGUAAAGCUGAAUUAGUGCCUUGGUCUCUGCCCCACGAUUUAUAGCAGCCCAGAGAGAUCAUUUCCCUGCACAUACAUGCCACACAGAUCCAGUGUGACAAAUGUAUACUUUUUUUUCUUGUCAGUGUCUGAAGAGAGAGUACUAAGGAUACACAUAAGUUAGUGUAAGCGAAAUCAAACCUUAAUUGCUUAGCUUUUGAUUCAACAGAUGAUUAAUCACUUACUAUUGGAUUAUCCCACUAAAAGUCACACAGCACAAGCUGAUUCCUUCCUUUUCCUAUACAACCCUUUUGGAAUGCUUUGCGGGGGAGAUAUUUCAACAGAAAUCAGGUAGUAUUUGAUGAGGGUAAACUGAUUGUCCUGUAAGCAUUCAGCUUCUAAAAACUAGUAGCCACUGACCCAAGCUGCUCCUUCAAUUCUUUUGCUACCUCUACAGAUUUGAAGAAAUUGUGAUCGACUGUUAAUAUCAGGGAGUAACACUCAUGGUCUGUAGCCCAGCCUAGUUACAUCAUUCACACAUCUGCUCCAUCUCUGCUUAGGUCAGUACUGACUGGCACAUGCCAUUAAUCAGCCUUUACAUAAUUUGAAAUGAGAUUUUUCACCCCUGGUUUUCUUGAAUUGCUAUAAGAAGAAAAGACUAAGCCUUAGGAAAACUUUUAUAUUAAACUGAUGUUGAAUUUUUCAAUGUUUUUUUCAAAGAUUUUUUAAAGAUAUAUACAUGUAAACCACCAUACUCUUGAUUUUCUUCCAUUUCAAGGAUGCCACUGAUAGCUUUAACGAGAACAAUUUCAGUACAGUAGUUAGAGAGGCAGAUGUCAGCAACAGUACAACGUCUUCAUAUGUACCAGAUACCUUGAUUUAAAUAACAAAUUCCACUGGGUGCAGUGGCACAUGCCUACAAUUCCAAUGACUCUGGAGACUGGAGCAGGAGGAUCACAAGUUCAAAUCCAGUCUCAGCAAUCUGGUGAGGCCUUAAACAACUUAGCAAGACCCUGUUUCUAAAUAAAAUAUAAAAAAGGGCUGGGGAGGUGGCUCAGUAGUUAAGGACCCCUGGGGUCAAUCACUGGUACAAAAAAAUUAAUUGAUUAAUUAAUUCCAACCACUCCUUUCAAUGGUCUUCACCAUCAUUCUGAAACUAUUUAUCAGAUGUUUCCAUUUUCUUAUAUUUCCUUUAGAAAAAGAAAGUUUUUAUGUUUCUUUGUUGGUUUUUUUUUUUCUGCUGCCUUUCCUAUCCUCUACUAUCCCCCAUCCCCUCCCAUCCCAUCUUCUCUCUCUACCCCAUCUAAUGUAAUUCAUUUCUCCCCCUUGUUUUUUUCCCCCCUUUCCCCUCACUUCCUCUUCCUAUUUGUAUAACCAUGAGGGUCUCCUUCCAUUUCCAUGCAAUUUCCCUUCUCUUUCCUUUUGCCUCCCACCUCUCACCCCUGUUUAAUAUUAAUCUUCUUCUCAUGCUCUUCCUCCCAACUCUGUUCUUAGUUACUCUCCUUAUAUCAAAGAAAACAUUUGGCAUUUCUUUAUUAGGGAUUGGCUAGCUUCACUUAGCAUAAUCUGUUCUAAUGUCAUCCAUAUCCCUGAAAAUUCUAUGAUUUUGUCAUUUUUUAAUGCAGAGUAAUACUCCAUUGUGUAUAAAUGCCACAUUUUUUUGAUCCAUUCGUCUAUUGAAGGGCAUCUAGGUUGGUUCCACAGUCUUGCUAUUGUGAAUUGUGCUGCUAUGAACAUCGAUGUAGCAGUGUCCCUGUAGCAUGCUCUUUUUAGGUCUUUAGGGAAUAGACCAAGAAGGGGAAUAGCUGGGUCAAAUGGUGGUUCCAUUCCCAGCUUUCCAAGAAAUCUCCAUACUGCUUUCCAAAUUGGCUGCACCAAUUUGCAGUCCCACCAGCAAUGUACAAGUGUACCCUUUUCCCCACAUCCUCGCCAGCACUUGUUGUUGUUUGACUUCAUAAUGGCUGCCAAUCUUACUGGAGUGAGAUGGUAUCUUAGGGUGGUUUUGAUUUGCAUUUCUCUGACUGCUAGAGAUGGUGAGCAUUUUUUCAUGUACUUGUUGAUUGAUUGUAUGUCCUCCUCUGAGAAGUGUCUGUUCAGGUCCUUGGCCCAUUGGUUGAUUGGGUUAUUUGUUAUCUUAUUGUUUAAUUUUUUGAGUUCUUUGUAUACUCUGGAUAUUAGGGCUCUAUCUGAAGUGUGAGGAGUAAAGAUUUGUUCCCAGGAUGUAGGCUCCUUAUUACCUCUCUUAUUGUUUCUUUUGCUGAGAAAAAACGUUUUAGUUUGAGUAAGCCCCAUUUGUUGAUUCUAGUUAUUAACUCUUGUGCUAUGGGUGUCCUAUUGAGGAAUUUGGAGCCCGACCCCACAGUAUGUAGAUCGUAGCCAACUUUUUCUUCUAUCAGAUGCCGUGUCUCUGAUUUGAUGUCAAGCUCCUUGAUCCAUUUUGAGUUAACUUUUGUGCAUGGCGAGAGAAAGGGAUUCAGUUUCAUUUUGUUGCAUAUGGAUUUCCAGUUUUCCCAGCACCAUUUGUUGAAGAUGCUAUCCUUCCUCCAUUUCAUGCUUUUAGCCCCUUUAUCAAAUAUAAGAUAGUUGUAGUUUUGUGGAUUGGUUUCUGUGUCCUCUAUUCUGUACCAUUGGUCCACCCGCCUGUUUUGGAACCAGUACCAUGCUGUUUUUGUUACUGUUGUUCUGUAGUAUAGUUUCAGGUCUGGUAUCGCUAGACCGCCUGAUUCAACUUCCUGCUUAGCAUUGUUUUUGCUAUUCUGGGUCUUUUAUUUUUCCAUAUGAAUUUCAUGAUUGCUUUCUCUAUUUCUACAAGAAAUGCUGUUGGGAUUUCGAUUGGCAUUGCAUUAAACCUAUAGAGAACUUUUGGUAAUAUCGCCAUUUUGAUGAUGUUAGUUCUGCCUAUCCAUGAACAGGGUAUAUUUUUCCAUCUUCUAAGAUCUUCUUCUAUUUCUCUCUUUAGGGUUCUGUAGUUUUCAUUGUAUAAGUCUUUCACCUCUUUUGUUAGGUUGAUUCCCAAGUAUUUUAUUUUUUUUGAAGAUAUUUUGAAUGGAGUGGUUGUCCUCAUUUCCAUUUCAGAGGAUUUGUUGCUGAUAUACAGGAAUGCCUUUGAUUUAUGCGUGUUGAUUUUAUAUCCUGCCACUUUGCUGACUUCAUUUAUUAGCUCUAAUAGUUUCUUUGUAGACCCUUUUGGGUCUGCUAGGUAUAGAAUCAUGUCACCUGCAAAUAGUGAUAAUUUAAGUUCUUCUUUUCCUAUUUUUAUGCCUUUAAUUUCUUUCGUCUAAUUGCUCUGGCCAGUGUUUUGAGAACUAUGUUGAACAGAAGUGGUGAGAGAGGGCAUCCCUGUCUUUUUCCAGAUUUUAGAGAGAAUGCCUUCAAUUUUUCUCCAUUCAGAAUGAUGCUAGCCUGAGGCUUGGCAUAGAUUGCUUUUACAAUAUUGAGGUAUGUUCCUGUUAUCCCUAGUUUUUCUAGAGUUUUGAACAUAAAGGGAUGCUGUACUUUGUCGAAUGCUUUUUCCGCAUCUAUCGAGAUGAUCAUAUGGUUCUUAUUUUUAAGUCUAUUGAUGUGGUGAAUAACAUUUAUUGAUUUCCAUAUAUUGAACCAGCCUUGCAUCCCAGGGAUGAAUCCUACUUGAUCAUGGUGCACAAUUUUUUUGAUAUGUUUUGUAUCCGAUUUGCCAGAAUUUUAUUGAGGAUUUUUGCAUCUAGGUUCAUUAGAUAUAUUGGUCUGUAGUUUUAUUUCUUUGAAGUGUCUUUGUCUGGUUUAGGAAUCAGGGUGAUGUUGGCCUCGUAGAAUGAAUUUGGAAGUUCUCCCUCUUUCUCUAUUUCCUGGAAUAGCUUGAAAAGUAUUGGUAUUAGUUCUUCUUUAAAGGUUUUGUAAAACUCUGCUCUAUACCCAUCCAGUCCUGGGCUUUUCUUAGUUGGUAGUCUUUUGAUGGUUUCUUCUAUUUCCUCAAUUAAUAUUGGUCUGUUUAGGUUGUCUAUAUCCUCCUGACUCAAUCUGAGCAGAUCAUAUGACUUAAGAAAUUUAUCGAUACCUUCACUAUCUUCUAUUUUAUUGGAGUAUAAGGACUCAAAAUAAUUUCUGAUUAUCUUCUGUAUUUCUGAAGUGUCUGUUGUGAUAUUGCCUUUUUCAUCCCGUAUACUAGUAAUUUGAGUUCUCUCUCUUCUUCUCUUCGUUAGCAUGGCUAAGGGUCUGUCGAUUUUAUUUAUUUUUUCAAAGAACCAACUUUUAGUUUUGUCAAUUUUUUCAAUUGUUUCUUUUGUUUUGAUUUCAUUAAUUUCAGCUCUGAUUUUAAUUAUUUCUUGCCUUCUACUUCUUUUGCUGUUGUUUUGCUCUUCUUUUUCUAGGAUUUUGAGAUGAAGUAUGAGAUCAUUCAUUUGUUGGUUUUUUUCUUUUUUUAAGGAAUGAACUCCAAGCAAUUAACUUUCCUUUUAGAACUGCUUUCAAUAUGUCCCAUAGAUUCCGAUAUGUUGUGGCUGUGUUUUCAUUUAUCUCUAAGAAUUUUUUAAUUUCCUCCUUGAUGUCUUCUAUAACCCGUUGAUCAUUCAGUAACCUAUUGUUCAUUCUCCAAGUGAUGUAUGCUUUUUCCUUCCUUCUUUUAUCAUUGAUUUUCAGUUUCAUUCCAUUAUGAUCAGAUAAGAUGCAUGGUAUUAUCUCUACUCCUUUAUAUUGUCUAAGAGUUGCUCUGUGACAUACUAUAUGAUCUAUUUUUGAGAAGGAUCCAUGUGCUGCUGAGAAAAAAGUGUAACUGCUUGAUGUUGGGUGGUAUAUUCUAUAUAUGUCAAUUAAGUCUAGGUUAUUAAUUGUGUUAUUGAGUUCUAUAGUUUCCUUAUUCAACUUUUGUUUGGAAGAUCUGUCCAGUGGCGAGAGAGGUGUGUUGAAGUCUCCCAUGAUUAUUGUAUGGUGGUCUAUUAGACUCUUGAACUCGAGAAGAGUUUGUUUGAUGAACAUAGCUGCACCAUUGAUUAGGGCAUAUAUAUUUAUGAUUGUUAUGUCUUGUUGGUGUAUGGUUCCCUUGAGCAGUAUGUAGUGUCCCUCUUUAUCCCUUUUGAUUAACUUGGGCUUGAAAUCUGUUUUAUUUGAUAUGAGUAUGGACACUCCUGCUUGUUUCUGAAGUCCAUAUGAGUGAUAUGAUUUUUCCCAACCUUUCACCUUCAGUCUAUGUAUGUCUUUUCCUAUCAAAUGCAUCUCCUGUAGGCAGCAUAUUGUUGGGUCUUGUUUUGUGAUCCAUUCUACUAGCCUGUGUCUCUUAAUUGGUGAGUUUAAGCCAUUAACAUUCAGGGUUAUUAUUGAGACAUGGGUUGUUCUUCCAGUCAUAUUUGUUUAUUGAUGUUACUAAACAUGGUUUGUUUUCCUCUUUGAUUAUUUUCCCCCCUUUACUGUCCUACCUCCCACUGUUGGUUUUCAUUGUUAGUUUCCAUUUCCUCUUCCUGUAAUGUUUUGCCAAGGAUGUUUUGAAGAGAUGGUUUUCUAGCUGCAAAUUCUUUUAAUUUUUGUUUAUCGUGGAAGGUUUUAAUUUCAUCUUCCAUCCUGAAGCUUAAUUUUGCUGGAUACACAAUUCUUGGUUGGAACCCAUUUUCUUUCAGUGUUUGAAAUAUGUUAUUCCAGGAUCUUCUAGCUUUCAGAGUCUGUGUUGAAAGAUCAGCUGUUAUCCUGAUUGGUUUACCCCUAAAUGUAAUCUGCUUCCUUUCUCUUGUAGCUUUUAAAAUUCUCUCCUUAUUCUGUAUGUUGGGCAUCUUCAUUAUAAUGUGUCUAGGUGUGGAUCUCUUAUGAUUUUGCACAUUCGGCGUCCUAUAGGCUUCUAGGAUUUGGGAUUUUGUCUCAUUCUUCAAGUCUGGGAAGUUUUCUCGUAUUAUUUCAUUGAAUAGAUUGCUCAUUACUUUGGUUUGGACCUCUAUACCCUCCUGUAUCCCAAUGACUCUUAAGUUUGGUCUCUUAAUGUUAUCCCAUAUUUCUUGGAUGUUCUGCUCAUGGUUUCUUAACAGUCUUGCUGAGCUGUCUAUGUUCUUUUCCAGUUGAAAUACUUUGUCUUCAUUGUCUGAUGUUCUAUCUUCUAAGUGUUCUACUCUGCUGGUAGUAUUCUCAAUUGAGUUUUUAAGUUGGUUUAUUGCUUCCUGCAUUUCUAGGAUUUCUGUUUGUUUUUUAUUACCUCUAUCUCCUUGUAUAGUUGAUCUUUUGCUUCUUGGAUUUGUUUAUGUAAUUCAUUGUUGAAGUGAUCUUUCAUUGUCUGAUUUUGCUGUCUAAUGUCUUCCUUGAUACUCCAGAUCAUCUGAAGCAUGUAUAUCCUGAAUUCUUUAUCUGACAUUCCAUCUGCUGCAGAUAUUACCUCUUCUAACGUUGAGUUGACCUGCAUUGCUUGUGGUCAUUUCUUUCCUUGUCUUUUCAUACUGUUCGCGUUUCUUUCUGUUUGGUGAAACUGUUGUGUUAUUGAAUUUUCCCCCUAUAUAUUUGUAUUGCUCUCGUAUAGUUGCAAAGUCUCCCUCGCAGGCGCGGGCAGUGGCUCUGCCCCUCCUCCAAUUGGGGCAAUGUGCCUACCAUGCCGGCGGGCCCCUGGGCCUGUUCUGCCGGUCGGUAGCAGGUCCGCCUACCUUGCAGGCGCGGGCGGCGGUUCUGCCCCUCCGCGGUCCGCUGGGCCUGUUCUGUCUGUCGGUUGCAGGUCUGUCUGACUUGCAGUCGCGGGUGGCGGCUCUGCCCCUCCCCCUAACAGGGUGAUGUGUCUGCCACGCUGGCAGGCCGCUGGGCCUAUUCUGUCUGUGGUCGCAGGUCCACCUACCUUGCAGGCGCAGGGUUAGGCUCUGCCCCUCUGCAGGCCGCUGGACCUGUUCUGCCGGUGGGUUGCAGGUCCGCCUACAUUGCAGGCGCGUGGGGCGGCUGUGCCCCUCGGCGGGUUGCUGGGCCUGUUCUGCCGGUGGGUUGCAGGUUCGCCUACCUUGCAGGUGCCUGGUUUGUUAAUAUUGUUUUUUGUUGCUGGGAAUAGAACCUAUGGCCUCAUGCAUGCUAGAUAAGUGUUCUACCACUGAACUAGACCCUCAGCCCAAACUUAACCUGAAGACCUUGAACCCCUGUAGAAUAUAAACAGCAUUUGUAUCUCUGCAUUUUUCUAAAGAUGGUUGACAGCCUUCAUAAAAUUUUCAAAGGGGGCCCAUUACUCUUUGUAGAUCUACAGUUUCAGAAUUAAAGAAUCACCUUUCCUUUGGCCACCUUACUUUCAGAAAUUUUUCCAUAACACUGCCGAGAGAGAGAGAGAGAGAGAGAGAGAGAGAGAGAGAGAGAGAGAGAAAAUCUGUAGGA